AUGCUCCUUAGGUGCAAGAAGGACCAGAAGAAAACUACGCAACUGGAACGUCUUGCCCAUCACACCAAUCCCCACGGCGAACCGAUCCUCCCUUUCCUUAACCCCCCAUGGGGCCAGACAGCAAGCAAGUUUGGUGAUCGCAUGCGGCUAGAAAAAUCCUCGAAUGGGGUGGAGAAGGAGGAGGCUGCAGAGAGACACAAGGAACGGAUAAGUGCUUUUGCGGACAAUCCCGAGCACCUUCUGGCCUACUCUGAUGGAUCCCUCAGGAAACUACACGGGAUGCGACGUGUUGGAACCGGAGUGGUUGUCUACCAAGAAAACACCGAGAUUUUUGCGGAGUCACAAGGCCUUGGCGGCCGCGCAGAGGUGUACGAUGGCGAGAUGGCUGGACUAUGGCUGGCAGCUGGGAUCACAACAGCGAUGGCAACAACUCACACAAACAUAAAGCAUCUCCACUUCUACGCCAACAACACAUCUGCCCUGGCGACGAUCUUUGACCCAAAACCUCAAGCCAGACAACUAUACGCACAUCAGUUCCACAAGGCCAUCUGUGGAUUCCUCAAGGGCGACCCACAAAGGACAGUAGAGAUCGCGUGGUCCCCGGGGCAUUGCAACAUCGAGGGCAAUGAACGCGCAGACAAACUGGCAAAGAGCGGUACCAAACUUGCAGCACCAACACUCACCACUCGAGCGUUCACUCUGAGACAGUCGAAAGAGAGGAUACAACAUGCUUGGCGAUGGGAAUGGAAACGCAAACUCAAGUCCGGCCACUACGCAAAGGCAAAUCGCAUCCCACCCUCCCUGAAGCCAACACAACACUUCACGGAACUCAGCAGACAAUGGGAAUUAUUUGGAAGGGUGAUACAGUGCAGGACGGGACAUGGAUACCUAGGCAAGUUCUACCAACGCUUCAAUAUUCCCGAGGACGUUGACUGCCCAUGCGGAGAGCCAAUCCAAACACAAGAUCACGUCCUACGAUGGUGCCCACUGUACAACAAACACCGACCCAUCAUCCGCGCGACAUCAGCUAACUUUUACGAAGAAAUAAUCCUUGGCAUGAAAGAAGGCAUCGUCGCUUUGGCCCAGUUCCUGAAAGAUUCAGGAGCCUUCACCCGAAGCGGACACCCAUGGAAGGACUGCGACCUCCCCACACUCAUCAACGAACCGGACCCAGAAAUCUCGGAAGACGAAGAAGACGAGAACGGAUAG